GCUCCAGGACUAGUCACCGUGUUUGUAAUAGCUACGGUGUAAAGUCUAACAGAUCCAACGGCACCCAUCUAACUUAAUUACUUUGUGCAGAUGGUUUUGGGUAUGCUUGAUUAUAGUGCGAGUAGCUGCGUGUUAACUUAGCAUGGUCGUUUGCGUACUUAGACUGUUAAAUGGCCCGAUACCAUCUUACAUUAGCCUUAAGCUAAGUAGCUAACAGCCAGAUGCUAACGGCAGACCGUGCAUUGUUACCGAAUAUUAAUGUUAAACCGACAUAUUACAACGAUACAGUGUAGAUUUGACUUUAUACACCGGGGGUUCCUGUGACACUAAGAUGCCCAUCAGAGCUUAUUGUACAAUUUGCUCCGAUUUUUUCGACAAUUGCAGAGAUGUUGCUGCUAUCCACUGUGGACACACUUUCCAUUAUGAGUGUCUUCUUCAGUGGUUUCAGACUGCACCCACAAAAACAUGUCCACAGUGUAGAAAACAGGUCAGCACCAGGCAUAUCAUCAGUAAACUGUUUUUUGACAUCGGGGAAGAAGAGAGUGGAGCAGUGGAUCCAGAGAGUUUACAGAAUGAGCUCGCUAGAAUGAAAGCACUUUUAAGUUCUAAAGAGAAGGACUGGCGGGACAAACAGAAGACGGUCGACAGUUUGAAAGACACAGUGGACAAACAGAGGAGAGACCUGGACAGUCUUCAGAAAGAGAUUGUAGAGAAAGAGAUGUUGUGUUCUGCUCUCAGAAAACAGAUGACGUUCCUGGAGACACAACAGAAUGACAUUCAGGCUGCCAAGGAGGAAGCUCGCAGACUUAGAACCAAAAUGAAAACCUUUGAAAGUCUGGACGUGAUGUUACAGGGUCACAGAUCUGAGGUGGAGUCCAUGAUCGCAGACAUGGGUGUCAGCCAGUCGGCGGUGGAGCAGCUCUCCAUCUACUGCAUUUCUCUGAAAAAAGAGUACGAUAAUCUGAAGGGAACCCUGAUGGCCUCAAAUGACAUGCGUGAGAAGCUGAAAAGGGAAGUGCUUUCUUCAAACAACAAGUUACAAAAAGCUACAGUUGAGGUGAAUAAGGUGAAAGAGGAGAUGAAGUCUAUGGAGAAUGAUCUGGCCAGGGCUGACAAAGAGAUCUCUAGUCUGAAGAAGAAGGUGGAGUUUCUGCAGAAGAGUCUGAGCUCACCAACUCGGACAAACGAAGCCCUGAGUCGGCUCAUGUUUGAAAGCCCUGCUCCCAUGGAACUGAAACAGCCCCACCUCCACCAACCCGUGGACAGCGAUGAUAUUGACCUCAACAUGACCUAUGACAUCCACACCCCAGACCAUGGAACAAACAGACAGACUCAGGCCCCCCCCAAGAAGAUGUGCCUUGACCCUCUAGCGUCAGCUGUGGCCAAACACAACGAGAAAAGUUCAUCUUCAAAUAAGGUUCGAGAUGAGGACGGAUCCAUGGAUUCCAUUUUCAGGAACUCUCUGCUCUUCAGGAAGAAGACUUUUGGAAGCAUGUUAGAGCCUCAGAUGAGUCGACCUGGAAACGUGAGAACUGGUUAUGAUGGAUUAGGAGGAAGAACCAGAUUCAUCCAACCUUCUCCUGUGUCUGAGAUUCGUCCUCUGUUGAAAACUAAAAGGAAAAAGGUGACCCGGCCUCCUCCCAAGAUCUCAGCUUGUCAGACUUUGGACAAUUUCCUUGAGUAAAACUCCACAUUUCCUGUCCAGGAUGUGAGGUAAAAGGUCAGGAUGUUCUGUGUUGGAACAUGAGAACCAUCCAGCUGUGGUUCCACCUCUGAACAGAACUUUAUUCAAAAGGUGGAACUGACUGAAAGAUGCAGAGCUUUGAGCGACACCUCUUAGAAAAGCUGCUGUUGUUGUAUUUUUGUGUUUAUGUAAAAGUCUGACCCAGCCUUUACUUUGUUGUGUGAAUGUUUCUGUUUUACUCCCAAUAAUGUCUUCAAAAAUCACUGAUGCAUCAGGCCAGAAAAUCUUUUUGACGACUGUUUCUUCUCGUAAGUUAUUUGGGUUUCUCUUGAAAUCUGUUUAACAAAGCACCUACGUGUGGAUUUCAGAAAGAACUUUUAUGUUGUUGUUGUCAGAUGUAAACCAACUCACAUAAUAAACCGUAUUUUUUCUUUUUAUUAAGGUUUGUGUGGGGUCAAACAAACAAUUCCCUCCCAGCUGUGCUUUUUAUUCACAAACAUUUCACUGUGGCGUUCUCUCCUGCAGAGGGCAGUACAGACAAUGUUGUACCAAAGGAUGUCAUGUUCUAAAGCCCUCGUGCACUGAGGGGAAAAUGCGCUGCACAUCGGAGCUGUGGGACUGUAUUUGUAUUUAAAAGGCUGCGCCAGUACAGAAACAUCAGUCCGAACACCGUCAGUAGAACCUGAGUUAAACACUGUAAUCAAGUAACAAAAGCACAGAAUGCAAAUAAUGUAUCGGUAAAUUACUGACAAUAAAACCCCUCCCUAAUCUGGAAUGUUUGUUUUUUUUUUUGUUUUUUUUUUGUAAUACAAGACAUUUCAUGGCACAAAUCAGGUUUCCACAUAUGUCGACUGUUGGCUCGUUGCCAUGUGAACCAGCCUCGAGUCUGAUUGGAUGAAAUUGUGACAAUCUGGGGAAAUGCCAAGCAUGUUUGUUGAGGAGCGUAUAGAUAUCCUGUUUACGGUCUUAUUUCUACUGUUUGUAACCUUGAAUUUACAGUUUGCAGAUAAAAAAAAGUGAAGCAUUCUGUUGAGUUUUAAAGCUCUGUUGUUCAGUCGGUGACGUUUUGAGUCCUGAACGUUUGUGUGUGAUUCCAGUUUGAUGAUUAAUCUCCCAGGGGCCUUUUGUAAAGAAUAGUAACAGGACAUUGUGGUGCAUUUUAAUAGCUAGUUCAGAGUCACGGCACACCCCUCAAACAACAUUUCAAGACAUUCGUGGACACACAAAACACACAAUCCAUGCAGUGCUACUGGAGCCAGUGAACAAUAAGGUUUCAUUGACCCCCAGGGAUUCCACAUACUGUACAUCUUCCUCUAGGGCAAAGGUCGGCAUUUAAGCUCAGCCUCUGUUUUUAAAUUUUUUUUCCUUAACAGCAUUUCCCGGGGAGAAGUAAAACUAACA